AUGUUUGUGAAAACUCCUUUGAAAUACUUUUUUGGCGGUCUAAGGACAUACUAUCUUAUCGAAUAUGAUUCAACAGUCUAUCUGUGGGUAUCUGUGCUAGCUCAAAUACCUCCUCACGAAAA